AUGGCUGUGUCAAUAUCAGGCCUUCAGGGAUGGCAUCCCGGAGAAGUUGCCAUGCAGUCGAAACUAGGCUUUGCCGAAGCAAUGUCGUCUUCAUGGCAGAAGAUCGAAGACAGAAUGCGCGAACAACAUCGCAUUUUCCACACAGGGAAUUUGCCUUUUAUCCCGAUAACCACCACAGACGAUGAAGGGCGACCAUGGGCCUCACUUGUUGCUGGCGCCGACGGAGAAAUUGGAUUCGUAGAGAGUCCUGAUCUGAAAACCCUCAUCGUCAACGCAAGACUUUGGCCCGGAGAGCCGUUGUUGGACACACUCAACAAAUGGGUUGAUGGAGAUGGCUGGAAUUCGACCGCACCAGAGAGAUAUUUAACCGCCGGCAUAGGAAUUGAGUUUCCCACUCGAAGGCGCAAUAAGUUUGCGGGAUACAUAAAAGACGUAAAACGAAAAACAGGCAUGGAUUUUAGACUGAAUUUGCAGGUCAAUCAAACCACUGGAAACUGCCCCAAAUACAUCAACAUUAGAAAACUUGUGGGUUGUAAAACCACCAACCCGACUAUUGCAUACGAGAGGCGACAUAUGACGCAGUUUGAGAGACUUCCCACAGAGGUUAUCGAUUUCAUUACAAGUGCUGAUACCGUAUUCAUUGGAUCGGUCUACAGAUCCGACCCGGCCACAGCAGCGAAGUUUCCAUCGCACGCUGGGUCGAAUGCGCGAGGCGGAUUGCCAGGAUUCAUGCGUGUCAGUCCAUCGGAUGGAUGUUCAGUGGUCCUACCUGACUACUCCGGGAAUAGAUUUAUGUCUAGUCUCGGAAAUGUUGAGUCGAGCAAGCAGAUGGCCCUUACCAUUGUCUCAUUUACAACCGGCGAUGUUCUAUAUCUCACUGGAACGGCGGAAAACCUUGUUGGUCCUCCUGCUCUCGAAGUCAUUGUCAAGCACGCAAGUCUUACUGUGAUGAAAACGAACGGAUUCAUCUUCGUUCGAGACGCUCUUCCCGUACGGCAACAGUUUGGCACAGAGAUUGAGCGCAGCCCGUACAGCCCUAAAGUUAAAUAUCUUGUUGAAGAGCCCGAGGGUCAAGCAAGCGCCAGUGGAGUGCACAAGGCCAAGUUAUCCAGUGCAACACAGCUCUCGCAUGAUCUUGCUGUGUUUAGAUUCAAAGUUACGUCGAAGCCUGGCGCUGAACCAAUUAAAAUACGGCCCGGGCAAGCUAUCGCUUUGGACUUCAUGGACUGGAUAGGGCCUCCGGCAUAUCAGCAUAUGGCUAACUCUGCGCCUGGAUCGGUCAACGACGAUAGGGUACGGACCUGGACUGUUUCAAGUACCCAUGAGAAUCGGGACGUUACUUGGUUCGAUCUCACGAUGCGCGAGAUGAAAGGAGGGGCGGUUACGGGGGCACUGUUCGAUGUUUUGAGAAGGCAUUCCUCAAAUAAGUGGGAAAAGCCCAUAACGAUUACCGAAGAUGUUGUCUGCGAAGUUGUCGGUGUAACGGGUGACUUUUUCUUGGGAGACGAAAACGUCAAUAUGCUUUGGGUCGCUGGUGGUAUUGGCAUCACCCCUUUCCUCGCCAUGUUUAGCGCGUUAUCUGAACGAAAAGCAAAAGCGCAUGGCGAUGUCGUACUCGCCUUAUCAACACGAGAACCCGAAAUGAUGCUGAGACUGGUCCAGGCUUCUCUCCGAAAUGCGCUCUUGAAGGUCAGGCUGCGAAUUGAUAUCUUCACGAGCAAAGAACACGUGAAUAUGGAUGGCAUCGAUGAGAAGAAUAUAGAAAUUAACAUACACAAGGGUCGAUUGACGAUGGAUUAUUUUCCAGAGGUGGCAAGCGAUCGAGAUGUUUUAAUAUGUGGUCCGGGGGGAUUCGGUGAUUUGGCAAUGGACGGGCUGCGAGCCGCGGGAGUGGCGGACGAGAAAAUGCUACGAGAAGGAUUCUAUUGA